CGAUUUGCUCCAACCGUUUUUUCUUCCCAGUCAGCAAUCGCUCCCCAUCAUCUGGCCACUCCGCUCUCUCGCGCGCGCGCGAGAUCCUUUAAUUGCCGUCAUCCUCCUCGCGUUGUAUACGAUCGCCUUCGAGAUGAAAAAGAACGCCCCGUGCCCAGAAUUCGACCACUGGGCCGGCCCUGAAAUUUGACGUCCAAAGUAGUCCUAUUGAACGGCACCAACCGACUCCAUGGCAGUGCUAAAAGACACCGUCCGCGACUUGGUCGAGCAGUAUUGGGCCACCUUGCUUCUCGGAUUCGUCGCCCUACACCUCCUGGUCAACAAGUACGGUCGUGGCCUCAAUUCAAUCCCGGGCCCCUUCCUCGCCGGCUUCAGCAACGUUUGGCGCGUGCUCGACACCCUCUGCUCCAACCCGGCCGAGACGCAAAUUCGUCUGCAUCGUCAGCUGAACUCCCAUUUCGUGAGAAUCGGCCCUCGCGUCGUGUCCAUCUCGGACCCGACCCUGAUUCCGAUCAUCUACGGCUUCCAUUGUCCCUUUCCGAAGACCCGGCUCUACUCCAUCGUCGAGCUAUGGUAUGGGGGGGAGUGCGUGCCGGGUCUGUUCGAGACGUCUGACGAAGACCACCACGCCCGCAUCCGCAAGCCCAUCGCCGGGGCGUACGGAAUGACGGCGACGAUGGACUUCGAGCCGGCGGUCGACUCCACCACAGAAAUCUUCGUGUCCCGGCUGGACCGUUUUACUCUGUCCGGGGAACCCUUCGACCUGGAGGUGUGGCUUUAUCGAUACGCCUUCGAUGUCUU